AUUCCUGAGAUGUGGUGCAUAGCAGUAGCCAAAGUUAUUGGCCUGGCUCACUUGGAAUCUUCUCCAAAUGGAAAAACCGAAUAUGGAAUUGAAAAAAAAAUAUCCAAAAAAUGGUUACUUCUGAUACAGGGAAGAUUACCAGCUUAUAAUUAUCUUCCAGUUUGCUAUUUGUUUAUCGCUGAGGAGAAUAAACCAACCGAGCCCUCUAAAGAACAACUUGAUCAAUCAACACCAAUCUUGCCUAGUCAGGAACUUACCGGGCAGCCACUUGGAACAAACAUGGCUACAAAAACAACAUGGCCUGAGUUAGUAGGCCUAGCAGCAGAUGAAGCAGAGAAGAAAAUCAAAGAAGAGAGACCAGCUGUUCAGAUUCAGAUAGUUCCUUCAAAUUCCUUUGUUACUAUGGAUUUUACACAGAAUCAGGUCUGACUGUAUGUUGAUUCCUCUGGAAAAGUUGAAAGGGCCCCCAAAAUUGGAUAAUCAAUUAUCAAUUCAACAAUUAUCUGUCUUGUUGGAUUAAAAUAGAUUGAAGGUUUAGAGUUGAUGAAUUUAUGUUGUCCUUUUCUAAGAAAGAUGUUAUACUUGAAAUAAACCCACUUGUUUCUUGAUAUGUAUGUUAAUUUUCCCUUCGUCAACUAUUAAAAUUGCUAGUUUCUAAAGGUCUUUGUAACAUUGUUUUCCAUAAUAUAGUUAUUUGAAUGUUGUUUC